AUGGAGAUAUUGGCUUGUCGGCGACCUGUCCUAGUGAGCAUUUUAAAGAAUCGAAAGUUCAUAAAGAGGUGUCAUACUUACAGUCAUAACCAACAAAGAAGUAUGAGCCAUAUUAUGCAACGUAGAAUGGACAGAAAUCCAUUAUUUAAAAUAAACAAUCCACAAUUGUCAAGACAUUUUGCAAUCAUGAGAGUUUUAAGUUCAGUUUUAAAACUACGAUAUUUAGUGAUAGGUAGUGCUGUUGGUGGAGGCGUAUCUGUUUCAAAGAAAUACCAAGAAUGGACAGAUUCAUUGCCCGAUUUAAGUUGGCUGGACAUAUAUUUUCCCAACAAUAACAUAGCCAAUACUAUUCAAACAUCAUUGAAAUCAAUUUUGGACACUGUGCAGGAUAUUGAUUUCGCUAAAAUUGUUGAAGAUAUGUCUCCCAUUAUUACUAAAGCUGCAACACCAAACUCUAAAGAUUACAAACAGAAAUUGGAAAUAUCACAACAAGAAAUUAUAGAAAUACAGUUGAGGUACCAAAAAGAAUUGGAAAAACUAGAAAAAGAAAAUAAAGAAUUGCGAAAGAUACUUUUACUUGCAAAAAAUCAUAAAAUGAAUAUGAGAAAAGUUAAAAAAUCAUUAAUAGAUAUGUACUCUGAGUUACUUGAUGAAUUGAAUGAUUAUGAUUCAAACUACCAAACUCAAGACCAUUUGCCCAGAGUUAUUGUAAUUGGUGAUUCAAAGUUCUGGAAAAAACUUCGGUUUUUAGAAAUGAUAGCACAAGCAAGAAUUUUUCCUAGAGGUGCUGGAGAAAUGAUGACCAGAGCCCCUGUUAAAGUGACACUAAGUGAAGGUCCAUAUCAUGUAGCACAGUUCAAAGAUAGUGCUAGAGAAUUUGAUUUAACCAAAGAAUCUGAGUUAGCUGAACUCAGAAAAGAAGUAGAAGCAAGAAUGAAAAACACUGUAAGCCGUGGAAAUUCAGUAAGUAAUGAAGUUAUUUCAAUGACAGUCCGUGGUCCUGGUCUUCAACGAAUGGUGCUUGUCGAUCUACCAGGCAUCAUAAGCAGUGUGACCCAAGGCAUGGCACCUGAUACACGAGAAUGUAUUCGUCAGAUGUCUACAGCGUAUAUGUCUAAUCCAAAUGCAAUCAUUCUCUGUAUUCAAGAUGGAUCUGUUGAUGCAGAAAGAAGCAAUGUUACAGAUUUGGUAUCCCAAAUUGAUCCACACGGUCGACGUACUAUAUUAGUAUUAACUAAAGUUGAUUUGGCUGAAAAAAAUAUGGCCAAUGCGGAGCGUGUUAACAAAAUACUUAGUGGCAGUCUAUUUCCUAUGAAAGCAUUGGGAUACUUUGCUGUCAUAACUGGGAAAGGCAAUCAAAAUGAUAGUAUUGAUAGUAUAAAGGAUAUGAAGAGAAUUUUUUAG